AAUAGUUGAUCGACCAUGGACUACUCGUUUCACGGCGCGCGUCUUCAUUUGAAAGGGUUGUGUGAAUAACGUGUUGUUAGGCUUUAUAUUGUGAAUAUUACAAAUUACGUGUUGUAGUUUUAUUUGUGCAUACUGAAUUCCGCAAAGUGUUAUUUCCUCAACGAUAUAUAUUUCAUUUAGUUUGUGGUUGUUUUUGUGUGUUUCCUUACGCUAUGAGACCUGACAACGUGCACUCAGUAUUGCUAUUUGGACCAAGAGAAAUUCAGAAAUCCUCAUUUCUUUUUCAGUGUGCAGUGCAUUUUGCUGAGCAAGGUAGCAAAGUACUGUACAUUUCAUCAACUACUUUAAGUGCAUUGCCACCACCAGUCCAUGGUGUGUCACCACCAAGUACAGCCGCAUUAAGCCACAUUAGAUUUAUGUAUCUACCAAGUUGGCAAGAUCUGUUUAAGCUGUUGUUCUCCCUACAUCAACACACUUGCAUUCCCAGCAUUAUUAUAGUGGAUGGCUUGGAUCACUAUUGUAACCUUUCAGACAGUAAUGUACAUGACAAGAAUCAUGAACAGGCAAUGCAUGCUGCUCAUGUCUGCGCUUCGUUAAUAGAUGCCACGUCUGCAUGUGCUAGACAUACCGGGAAUCCAGCAGUGUUAAUUGCUUCGUUCCAUUGCGGUGACAUAAAAAUUAAUCCAUUGAUAGACUUAUUCUUUUCGAAUAUUAUUUGGUCAGUAGAGUCAGAUACUGAUAAUGGAGUAGUUUUGACAAAUGGAGUCAUUCUUCCACAACAGUCUUCUAGGACACAAAUCGUGUUCAGGCCAAGGAACUGGGAUGGGACAUUAAUCCUCCACAAGAUUCUUCAGUUAAUUAACAAUGAAAAAAUUUCAGAGAACAAGGUUAAAAUUCAGGCCUGAGACAUUAGUUUUAAGAUAAGAGGAGAAUCCCAAUACAUUAUCAGAAAAGAUAAUGUAAGGUUAAUACUUCCUGAGCGUGAGAUUCAUGUGUUGUUUUCUGUUAAAACCUUGUACUUAAGCCUAUUUUAUGUAUUUAAUUAAUCACUUGUAAGCCACUGGUAUACUUUGUGUAGGAAGUCUGUCAAUUUGGGUGGCAUAAGCUACUGAUGUCCGUGAAACAUUACUGGAUGAAAAUUAAAAUGCUUAACUUACUGGACAACAGUUGCACGGCAUAUUAUUAAAUUAUGAAGCCUUCUUUUCUUUAAGCUAACAGUCAAGCCUGUUAAUCUAAUUUCUUGAUUCAAUAGUAUGGACAGACCAAAACAUAAAUAAAAAAUAUUAAUAUCUGG